AUGGACGGACUGCAGCGGCGGUUAAAGUACGCACAAUGGACUGCAGAGCCUCCCCACCUGCGACCUCCUCACAACGCCAACAAUUCCCGAGCUGCCGUCCCCCGGUUCCCUACAACUGUGGCAACCCCAGGCGCAUUCGUUGCUGAGGACUAUGGAAGGGCUCUCCCUUCACGGAGCAAGCUCUUCCCUGCCAGCUCUCAGGAACUUUCCAGGCUGGAGCAUUCGGACUACUGCGACCGUGUCCAUCCCACACAAAACUUAUCACGGAAACAGAAACUGCAGCGCGGCGUGUUGGAGCCAACCAUCGGCUGCCAUAGCCAUGGAUCCCAGCUGUUUCCUUUCCUCACCAGGUCGUGCUCGUCGCCAGCGGUUAAUGGGAAGGGCCACUCAGGCGCACUCUGUCCUGAUGUGGAACAGGGCUCUCUGCCACCUGUCACGCAGUCAAAAGUAAAUAUCCUUUCAGGAAAUAUGACUUCUUCGCUCUUCGGAGGCCACGCCGCUCCACUGCCUCUUUUCGACUCCCGGGCUGCAGCAGCAACUGCUGCCUCUUGCUGUACGCAUGCGGCAACAGCAGACGCUGCCAGCCCGAGGCGGUGGGCAGGCAAGGCCCUUGUUGGCAGCAGCAGCUGCAGGGAAAGUGUAAGGGCUGAAAAUACCCAUUCGAUCAAUGGACCGUUCUUUCAGAGACCAAAAGGAAAGCCACAGAAAAACGGCAAGCAAGCGUCCCUUGACUCGCGACAGACCUAUGAGAACUCAACAGGAGAAUACGAAAGCGCAGCCGAAGCAGCACAGGAGAACGAAAAGCUCGGGCAAACCAAAGCUGUGGGCUGCACAGCCUCUCCAAGAACUAUUGAAGCGUACGCAAAGUCCCCUCGUCUCUGCCACCCCUCAGGCAACCCGAAGAGUUUAUCGGGGUAUACGGAUGCGCGUAGCGCAGCCACAAUACGCGAGUCGUCCGCUAACUCGAGCAGCUCUUCCUGCAGCGCUCCAGACAUGAAAAUGGAGAAGCAACAUCUGAUACUUGCGAAGCCCCCUGCAAAAGUGCCAGAUACAACUGAAAAGCCUGUACGGACAAACAACGCACACUUGGCCAGUGCCCACUGUGACGCACCCCAGCGCAUCUUGAAAAGCCUGAUUCACCUGCGUGCAUCUGUGAUUGUAGCUGUUGACGACAACCUGGAGAGAUUUGAAGGAAUGCUCGAGCCGAUUGUAAAGCUUCUGGUUGAUAAGACUGUUGAGCAGGCGAUCGAGGAAGCGAAGCAGGAACAGCAACUGCUUACGCUGCACAAGCGAAGGCAAGAGCUGCUGAAAAAUCAGCAGCAGCAGCUGCUUGAGUUGGAACAGCGCGAAGCACGCAGGCACUUUCAGGCGCAGCAGGCAAUACAAAACCAACUCGCUGCGAGGGAGCACGAAACUCAGCUGUGGCGUCAUUUGUGGGUAGCGCACAUCGGAACGACUUUGCUAGAUGAAGACUCUCUUGAAAAGAUCGUGGAACAGUUGGAUGAGGAGAGUUCAUUCUUAUCUUCGGUUGACACUCUUUCGGGCGAGUUCCUUGCUGAAGUUGCCAAGGCGGCUACUGGGGAGCUCAAGAAACGGAAGGAUAUAGGAGAGGAGCUGGCGAAAUUGUGGUUCAAUGCAGAGAAGGUGCAGACAGCCAGUCGCCGACAGCAAGAGUUGCUCAUCUGGGGACAGCACUUGAGAAUGAGAGAAAAGAUCAAACGACGAAGAGAGCUACGUCGAGGAGUUGUCCAUAUUUUUGUCACACCCGCAGACGGCCGUAUCCGGCAGCUCUCCCUCAAAGCAGAGGCGGAAAGGCUCACCGAAGCUUUUAAAGAGCAACAACGACAGCGUCUGUCUCCAAAGAAAUACAAAAUCACCUCCGAGCGAGAGAAAGCUUCUUCCGACGAUGCAGACGGGCAAGACAACACCAGCACCAGCAGCAACCCAUCUGGAUCUUCCGCGGUUAUUUGCAUUGGCCCCUUCAAGCUGCUUCGGAAACAGGACUCAGCCACGGGUCAAAAGAAGUUCAUCAGCAUGGAAAAGCUCCAGCAGGAGGUACAAAAAAGAAUGUGCGAUUGUUUCAACGACAUGGCAGCAAUAAUCCGCUGUUCUCAAAUCAUAUUUGAGGCAAAAGGAAUAAAAAUAUCGGAAGUCGACAACUUGCUCAAGUACGAGUAUGGCGAUCUACGCGUUCGACUGGACAGAAAGAUCACAUUUGCCAACCCGACAGAUGAAUCCGAAGGCGAAAUGGAAACUGAAGAAUCUGGAGAGUUCGAUUAA